AUGGCGAGAAAGGAGACGAGGAGAAAGAGGAGACGGAGGUCGUGGAUAAAAUUUGGCUCGUGGAAUGUCCGCAGUCUGGUGAAUUGUGAUGGCCCAGUUGAGACGGCGACAACUCGAAAUUUGAAUUUGAAAAAUUCAAACCAAGUGAAUUGCAUCGUGGAAGAUAGGAAGAUCAACAUCGUGGUUCGCGAAGCUCGACGACUUGGUAUCGAGACCCUUGGACUCCAAGAGACGAAGUGGUUUGGCAACAAUGUAUACAAUGUUGAGGAUGCUGUUGUUGUUGCUUCUGGUCGACCGACACCCGUGGAAAAUUUCGCUCGUGGCGAGGGAGUCGCGCUCGUGAUGCGGGGCCGCUCAGCGCUGGCGUUUGCAGCAGGCGGCCGACAGUGGACAGCUGUGUCUUCUCGUGUGAUGGUCGUAAAGUUGCAGUUUGCUCUGGAGUCUGGCAAGUCGCAGUGGGUUCAUGUUCUUGUUUGCUACGCUCCCACUUUCCGCAGUAGUCGUGAUGAAAAAUUCAAAUUUUUCAAUUCGCUUGAACACGUGCUUCUGUCAAUUCCGGUCUCUGAUAAACUCAUCGUACUCGGAGACUUCAAUGCUCGAGUUGGUUCAGGGCAGCGUGAUGACGAGUGGCACAGAGUUCGCGGUCCUUUCGGUACUGGAGCUAUGAAUGAGUCUGGUGAACGUUUACUCUUGUUCUUGGCUCUGCAUGGUCUGCAAAUCUGUAACACCUGGUUCAAGAAGCGGGACGCAGAACUGCACACAUGGCAACACCCACGCUCGCAGGCAUGGCACUGUAUCGACUUUGUCUUCACUAGGCGAGCGGAUCGUACCAGCUGCAUGGACUGUCAUGUUGUUCGCCGUGCAGAGUGUAGCACUGAUCACAGAUUGGUGUGUCUGACCUAUCGCCUUCCGGCACCAGUCCACCGCCAGCGCCUGCCACCGCGAAACCCUGGGAAACGUAGCGUGUUCGAUGUAAGCCAAUUGAAGACGUGUACGGGUAUGAGUGAGGAGGAGCGGGAAGUUGUUGAGUGCAACAGGGCAGUGUACCGAAGUGCUCUUGGUGAUCGACUGAAAUCGUGUCACGUCACCCAUGAAGACACCUGGCAGCCUAUCAAGUCGGCGAUUGUAGAUGCUGCCGAAGCUUCCAUCCCUGCACGGAAAUCUCGACGUCAGCCUGACUGGUUUGCAGACAGCGCAACAAUCCUUGAACCCAAGCUGCAACAUCGAAACCGUGCCUAUGCCCAGUGGCUUCAGUCUGCUGAUCCCGCUGACCUUUCAGCUUUCCGCAAGGCCCGUAGUGCAGCGCGUACUGCAGUUCGAACGGCAAAGCGUGUCUGGUUGCAGAGAAAGGCGGAUAUGGCACAGUCUGGCAAGUUCAGUGGGGAGCGCGUCUGGUCAGCCAUCCGGGACAUCCAGCGCUGCUACAAUGGUAUGAAACCUGUCGCCUCUCAUUCCAUUCGCAAAUCUGAUGGAACCCUGUGUGUGUCAGCGGAGGAAGAGCGUGUUUGCUGGCAGCAACAUUUCACCCGUGUUCUCAAUGUCAUUAGUGUGUUCGAUGUCUCUGUCUUCCAGCAGUUGUCCUGCCGGGAAGUUGACGACAGCCUGGCAUGCCCUCCAACGGCUGUGGAUAUUGAGUGCGCUCUCCAUCAUCUGGCCAACGGCAAGUCGGCUGGUUCGUCUCUCAUCGUUGCGGAGCUGUUGAAGCACGGCUUUACUGUUCUUCGGCCACACCUGGAUGCACUCUUCUCCACAUGCUGGUCAGCGUCAUCUGUGCCUCAGGAGUGGAAAGAUGCUGUGCUCGUCCCUAUUCCAAAAAAAGGUGACUUGAGCAAGUGUGACAACUGGAGGGGAAUAGCCUUAUUGGACGUCGUCGGGAAGCUUCUCGCACGUGUUAUUCAGGACCGGCUGCAACCUCUUGCUGAGGCACAUCUCCCUGAAAGCCAAUGUGGUUUUCGGCGCGGGCGAUCCUGCACAGAUGCCAUCUUUUGCGUGCGACAGGUAGUCGAGAAGGCAUUCGAGCACCGCUGUAAGGCCUUUCUCGUUUUCAUCGAUCUCCGCAAGGCGUACGACUCGGUACCGCGCGCUGCACUGUUGCUGGCCCUUGAGGUGUAUGGUGUGCCUGGGUCACUCAUCCAGCUGAUUGACGGCUUCCAUUCAGGCAUGCAGGCUGCUGUUCGGGUUGAUGGUGAUGUGUCUGGGAACAUCUCGGUUGAGAAUGGUUUGCGGCAAGGGUGCGUUAUGGCCCCACUGUUGUUUAAUCUGUACUUUGGUCUUGUGCUGGAAGCAUGGCGUUCAGCUAUAGCAGCAGCUGGUGUUAAUGGUGUGUCCCUGAUAUCUUCAAUCCAUGGAAGUGGCAAUCUAUUUCCCAAGCGAACCCGUCAAACUGGCACGACAUCGGUCAACGACCUGGAGUUUGCAGAUGAUGCAGCACUACUUGCACCAUCCCGUGAGUCAGCUCAACUGGCUUUGGAGCUGUUCAGCAACGUUGCUUCUUCCUUCGGCUUGACUCUGAGUACAGCGAAGACCAAGUUCAUGGCCGUUGGUGCAAAUUUAUCAUGUGCUGACCGCCUUCCGCUCUUUGUUGGUCCGGAGGAGAUCGAAAGUGUCAAAUCCUUUGUGUAUCUUGGCUCUGUGAUAACUGCUGACACCCGCUCAUCUGCAGAUGUGGCCAGAAGACUCGGUAAGGCAGCGGCAGCUUUCGACCUUAUGCGCCGUGUCUUUCUUGACCGAAACCUUUCCAUCGCCACCAAGCGCCAUCUUUACGAUGUUUGCGUUCUGUCCACAUUGCUCUAUGCCUGUGAGUGCUGGACUCCGCUGAAGAGAGACAUGGUUGCCAUCAACAACUUCCACCACCGCUCCCUCAGGUUCAUUCUGGGUGUAUCCCGGCUCGAUCAACAGCUGCAGCAUGUCAACAACCAGGAGCUGCGAAGACGCUGGGGUGAUAUGGCACUGCCAUCUGAUACCGUCAGACACCGCCGUCUGCAGUGGCUUGGGCAUGUCGCCAGAAUGCCAGAUAACCGGCUUCCGAAGCUGAUACUGUUUAGCUUCUUCUCAGAUCCACGCCCAGCCUGUGGGCCACGACUGCGAUGGAAAGACCUCGUCGCACGUGAUCUUCGUUUCGGUGGCAUAGUCAAUUGGCUCACUUUGGCUCAGGAUCGCCCAGCAUGGCGCGAGGCAAUUGCAAAGACUCCGGAUGAUCUCGUGGAGUGUAACAACAACAAAGUCACCUGCAAGAUGUUUAAUGCCGCACUGUUGGAGGCGAUGCAGCUUGAAUUUGCAAGUGAUGACUUUGCAUCUGAUGAUUAUCACAUGAAAAGAACGUUGAAAUCUUACAACUAG